AUGUCGCCCAUAGGUCAUUCGCCGCGGGGUCCACCAGCAUUCCUGUUAGGAACCAAUGAACUUGUCUCCACUGAAAACGCGGGUCCCUAUCGUGGAAAGUAUCCGGCGAGGAUGGGUGCUACGGGGGGUGUUGCGGAGGCUCCUGCUAGCACCCUCGCCCAAGAAAAGGUUCCCCAAUACGGCAUCGGAUAUCACCGCAUCGGCAGGGGACCGGCAUCGGUUCAAAACCACCAACUUACAGGGAAUGCUUCUCAGGUUGUCAGAGAAUCGGCUCGCUUGGUUCGAUGGAAUUGGCCACUCCAGCUCCUCGCGAGCAUAGGCGAGUCUAUCAGGUAUGAUCUGCUCAGUCUGUGGUGUAAUGGCGACCAUGCGCUGACCAACGUUCCCAGGCAUGUGAGGCGUGCAGGCUCCGGAAAAUUCGUUGUGAACUGGGAUCCGUUGACCAACCCAAGAAAGGGCCUUGCGCACGCUGUCGCAGAGAGAAUAGAGAUUGUUUCUUUGCUGCAACGAGGGCCAGGAAACUUGCAACAGCAACAACAGAGGGUCACGGCCACGAGCCUCACAGCCCUUCUACAAAGAGACAGCGGACUGAAUAUUACCAAGGAGCAACUGAGCCAGCAUUGUCAAUAUCCGAAGAUGGAUCUCCUCCUGCCUCAUUUCCACGAGAUUCGACACUGGAAGAAACACAAGGCCGACGCGCUGAAGCCGUUCUACUGA